CUUACCUCUUCGGUUAGGUUAUCGUCGCCUUUAUCUUCGAACUCUUAUCCUUUCCACGCGAAUUCAACAUCACCUGGCUGCGAUAAUUUCUUGGAAAUUUCCUUUUGCCCUCUGGUUUCUGAAUCUGUUAGUGUUAUACAAUGAGCCGAUCACAAGAGCCGCCCCACCGGCUAUUCUUUCCUUUCGGGAACCCUUUCCGUGCAAGAACACCCAAGGGUUCAAAAUUGUCUUCCAAACUUGUUUUUCUGCUAGCCACUUUUGAGGAUUCCUUGGCAGAGGGGCUGAUAAAGCUGACUCCAAAAUCGGAGAAUGACAUACUUAGCUUCUCAUGGAUGGCAUUAGCAGUGAAGCUGCUUUGCGAAACUCACAAAGAUGUAAAAACACUUAUAGAAGAGCUUGAGCUCCCUGUGUCUGACUGGGAUGAGAAAUGGCUAGAUGAGUACCUGGACAUCAGUUUGAAAUUACUUGAUAUAUGCAAUGAUUUUAGCUCUGAGCUCUCACAGUUGAAUCAGGGUCAUCUGGUACUUCGGUGUGCUUUGCACAAUCUGGCGUCUACAUCUUUGAACCAGUUUGUUCAUGCUCGUUCCUCGUUAGAUGGAUGGAAUCAACAUAUUAGUAACAGAACCUCCAGAGUUAAGAGCCAUUCUCCUAUUUUGGACCGUCUUAAGGAAUCGCUUGAUCUUCCGAAAGUUCAGAAGAACUCAGCUAAAGGCAAGGUUUUGAUACAUGUAAUGUAUGGAGUGAAGGUGGUGACUCUGUUUAUUUGCAGUGUUUUAGCUUCUGCUUUCACGGGUUCAUCCGUAAGUUUGUUAUCCAUCAAUAUUCCGGAUACAUAUAGAUGGGCUCAAGCUUUUACUGAAUUACAGAAAAAUGUAAAUUCCAGUGGAAGAUCUACUGUAUUGAGAGAGCGUGAUGCAGUGGAUGAGAGUGUUAAAAAAUUGCAUUCCAUGAUUCAAGGAAAUGUGGAUGGCGGCAUGAAAUUAGAAGAAUUCCAGAAUCUGGUUGUAGAUUUGGGGAGGGAGGCAGAAAAGCUUACACAAGGUGUUGAUCAUCUUACUAAACAAGUGGAUGAGUUUUUUCACGUUGUUUUAUCUGGACGAGAUGCAUUGCUUUCAAAUCUUAGAGAAAGUGAGACGGUACUUGAUCAGGGAUCGGGGGAGCUGCGUACAAGGCAACUGUGACGGAGUUCGAGCUUGUUCCUUUAUAUAAAAGGGUUAAACUGGUUAUUUUCUUAUCUUUUAAUUUGCUGAUGUACAAUAUCUUGCUUGCUUUUCAUAGUAUAGCUUGUGCAGUAAUGCGUUAUGUUAUUGUACCGUUACCGUGGUUUGAUCGUGUAAUGUUGUUCUGUGGAAUGAGAAAGAAAUGGAAAAGUAUAUCGGUUUUAAGUAAAA